AUCCAGAUCUAGUACCUGCGAACUGUGGCUCAGCCAAGACCAACAAGAUGUCCAUGAGUCCACGCUUGGACUGCAGUGGCAUUGCCAAACUGAUACACUGCGCUACAAACACAGAGCUAGGAGCUCUGCGCCAGUGACUAUGCGCCACAUAUACAGAGUACUGGCAAGUCAAUACGAUCCUCUCGGAUAUAUCAUCCCAUACACUACCCGGGCUAAAAUAUUAGUACAGCGUUUAUGGGACAAGAAACGGGACUGGGACGACCCACACCUGCCAGAGGAUCUACUCGCCUUAUGGCAUGAAUGGGAGAAAGAACUGAGUGGACUAGAGGAGAUAUCCUUAGCCAGGUGCUACACUCUGUCAGAAGUAGAUCACGCAUCUUGUAAAUAUGAGAUCCACAUCUUCUGUGAUGCUUCAGAGCAGGCGUAUGGGUCAGUGGCCUAUCUGCGAAUAGAGCACAAGGAGGGUGAAGUAGAAGUUGCCUUUGUUGCUGCCAGGUCCCGUGUUGCCCCCCGAAAGCAACAAUCUAUACCAAGACUAGAGUUGUGUGCUGCUUUAAGUGGAGCACAGCUAUCCCAACUCCUGAACGCUGAGCUUACAGUUCCUAUCCACUCCACUACGCUCUGGUCUGACUCUACCACUGUGCUUAUGUGGUUGACAUCUAGCUCCUGCCGUUACAAGGUAUUUGUGGGGACAAGAGUAGCUGAGAUCCAAGAGAUGACUGCAUCCGCUGUCUGGCGCUAUGUUCGAUCAUCAGACAACCCGGCCGAUGACAUCACUAGAGGCAAAUCUCUCCAAAACCUCUCUAAAGACAGCAGGUGGAGUCAAGGACCAUCUUUCCUUAAGCUCCCUUCAGAGAGCUGGCCAGAACAGCCGCAUUUAGCAGCAGAAGGGCCGAACUCUGAACUAAGACAGUCAUCCUUCUCUGUUUUAGUAACCACUACUGCUCCCUCAGCUAAACUGCAGCACUACAACACCCUGACAGAGUGCCUGAAUGCUUAUGGACAGGAGCUUCAUGGGGCGGCCUAUACCUCCAGUGCUGAACUGCAAAAGGAUGUUCAACGUGCAGUUCUCCGUCAAGCACAAGCCGAGUCCUUUCCAGAAGAGCUGAGACUAUUGAUGUCUGGAAAAUCAGUAUCAUCGAAGAGCAGACUACUCACUCUUUCCCCAGAACUUGAUGCUGCUACUGGACUUAUUAGAGUAGGAGGCCGGCUACGGCAUUGUGAGGUCUUGGAAGCAGAUACUAUACACCCAGUUGUCCUUGAUCCUCGGCACCCAGUCACACUGUUAAUCAUUAGAGAUCAUGAUGAGAGACUGCAUCAUCCAGGUACGGAGCGGUUGUUUGCAGAAAUCAGAAGGACAUACUGGAUACUGAGAGGUCGUGAAGCCAUCCGACGAUACCAACACCAAUGUACAGAGUGUAAGAAGUGGAGAGGACGCCCAGAGGUCCCAUUGAUGGCAGACUUACCCCUUACAAGACAAAGAUACUUCCGUCCUGUCUUUUACUCGACUGGGAUGGACUGUUUUGGCCCCUUCGUUAUUAAGAUUGGUCGACGUAAUGAGAAGAGGUGGGGUAUAGUCUUCAAGUGUAUGACCACAAGGGCAGUCCAUCUUGAUCUUCUCUCUAGUAUUGACUCUGACUCAUUCUUAAUGGCUCUAAGAAGGUUCAUAGCCAGAAGAGGCAACCCCCAUGAGUUACUGUGUGACCAAGGCACUAAUUUUAAGGGAGAAGAACGUGAACUGAAUGAGGCCUUUGCUGCUCUCCAAAGUGAGCUACAGAACCAUCUCGCUGUUCAGCAAAUUAAAUUCACCUACAACCCACCAAGUGCCCCUCACUUUGGUGGAUGCUGGGAGAGGGAGAUCCGUUCGAUCAAGGCAGCCCUUAAAGUGACAAUUGGAGCCCAGACAGUUACUGAGGAAGUGUUAAGGACCGUCCUGAUUGAGGUAGAAGGUAUCCUCAACUCCAAGCCUUUAGGAUAUACCUCCUCUGAUGUCGCUGAUCUCGACCCAAUUACCCCGUUCUGCUUCUUAAUUGGUCGCAGAGAUGUGUCACUUCCCCAAGUCGUCUAUGAGGACUCAGAAAUCCUAAGUCGACGGCGGUGGCGUCACAGCCAACUACUUGCAGAGCACUUCUGGAGGCACUUUCUGAAAUACUACCUACCUGACCUUCAGGCACGGCAGAAGUGGAAAACCGAGAAGAGGACAUUAGAAAUUGGGGAUGUAGUCAUGAUAGUUGAUCCUCAACUCCCUCGUGCACUUUGGCCAGUGGGCAGAAUCACACAAGUGUUCCCUGGUGCAGAUGGUCGAGUGCGGACUGCUAAUGUGGAGGUUAAGGGCAAGACUUAUACCCGUAUUGUGGCUCGACUUAUACAGCUUCCAGCUCUACCUGAGGACGAAUAAUGCAUGUUAUGGAUCUUUUGUCAGAUGAGCGAAUUCAGUUCUGAAUUCGGGGGCGGCUGUGCAAAAGGACCGCUGAUGUCUACGUCCCGGAUGACACCAACCAAUCAGUGCACAAUGCAACGCAGUAUCAUCGAGGUGGGCUGAGCUAAGAACUAGUUGAGAGCGACAGUGCACACGGGAGAUAACGCUGGCGAUAACACCUGCUAUCGAACUUACUCGGCAAAAAGAGACAAAACAGUCACUACUGGUAUACUGUGCUACAGUGUGCGUGUCUUAAAAAAACCACACAUAUGUUCCAUUGUAUACCAAGUGCUUCAGUAAAUGAAAAUCACAUCUAA